CAAAAAUGGAAGAAUUAGAUGCCCUUUAUCCACCAGAUUCUGAUCUUGAUCUCAGUUUUACGAGCUGUGCUUCCAUUACCACUACAACAACUGAUCGUACACUCAGUGCGAGAAGCAGUUUGGCUCGUAGUAGUCUUACACUGAGCUUCAACGAUCGUCUUUCAUGUACGUCAUCUACAAACAAUCCAUCUGCAGAAAUCCCCAAUUUUCACCGCCGUGCACACCGCCAGCAUGACCCGAAUUGGUCCGCUAUUAAGGCGGUGACCACCCUUUCCUCCGACGGUGCUCUUCAUCUCCGCCACCUUAAACUCCACCGCCUUGUUGGGUCUGGAAAUCUCGGCCGAGUUUUCCUCUGCCGUCUCAGGGAUUAUGACCAUGCUAAUUUUGCCCUUAAAGUUAUCGAUCGGGAUUCGCUUACGGCGAAGAAGCUUUCUCAUGUUCAAACAGAAGCGGAGAUUCUCUCCUCUUUAGAUCACCCUUUUCUACCUACGCUUUACGCACAUUUAGAAGUUUCACAUUAUACUUGCUUGUUAAUCGAUUUCUGCCCUAAUGGUGAUCUCCAUUCCUUGCUCCGAAAGCAACCUCGUAAUCGGCUACCGGUUGAAUCAGUCAGAUUCUACGCAGCUGAGGUACUCAUAGCUCUCGAGUAUUUACAUUCUCUCGGAAUAGUUUACCGUGAUUUGAAACCUGAAAACAUACUUAUUCGUGAAGAUGGUCACAUUAUGCUUUCCGAUUUCGAUUUAUGUUUCAAAUCCGAAGUUUCCCCAAAAUUAGAUUUCACUACCCGUAUUCGAGAAGGAUCUAGAAGAAGAAACAGUUGUUACGGUGACCGGCAACGGGAAGAAACAGUGACCGAGUUCGUCUCAGAGCCAACAUCUGCAUUUUCCAGAUCAUGCGUUGGGACUCAUGAAUACUUAGCGCCGGAGCUCAUCAGCGGCGCCGGCCACGGCAAUGGUGUAGACUGGUGGGCGUUUGGGGUGUUACUAUACGAGUUGUUGUACGGUACGACGCCGUUUAAAGGAAACAGUAAAGAGUCCACCCUGCGCAAUAUAGCAUCAAGCAAAGGAGUGAAGUUUUACGUAGAUGAAACUCAAGGAAAUGAAGCUGAAUUGAGAGAUUUAAUAGAGAAAUUGUUAGUUAAGGAUCCAAGGAGGAGGCUAGGAUGCACCAGGGGUGCAACAGAUAUUAAACGUCACCCAUUCUUCGCCGGAAUAAAAUGGCCGUUGAUCAGAACUUACCGGCCACCGGAAGUUCGGGGAUUAACGAUAAAAAGGACGAAGAGUAAGGCGCACGUGAGUCACGUGACUGGAUUAUCAUCACCAAGAAUAAGAAGGCGUUGUUUAUGGAAAAAAUUGGGUUAUCUAAUGAGGAUUAAGGGAUCUAAGUACAAUUUAAACUCUAAUCAUAAUUAUUAUUGUCAUACUAAUCACAAGGUUAGAAAAUGUGCUUAAAUCCAUUUCAACCUUUUGUAAAACCAUUUAUAUUGUCUU